AUGUCUCUCAGACAAGUCAUUAUUGUUGGCGGCCAUGGCAAGGUCGCCCUCCGCUUGGCUAAACUCCUCGCAAGCGGGAACAAGCACUCCGUCACAUCCAUCAUCCGCACCGAGGAUCACAUCCCCGACUUGAAGGCGGCCUCACCCGCCAUUAAUCAUCUCCUCCUGUCCCUCGAAGACGCAUCUGUCUCCGACUUCAAGAAGGCCUUCACCGGCAAGGACGUCGUGGUGUUCGCCGCGGGUGCCGGCGGCAAAGGCGGCGCCGAACGUACGCGCAAAGUCGACUACGAAGGCGCGGUGAAGGUGUUCGACGCGAUUGAGGCGGUCGAGACGAAUAAACCGCGUCUUAUUCUGGUCAGCGCCUUGGACUCCCGCAGCACGGAUAUUAUCCCUUCUCACUACAAUGAGAACGAUAUCGAGAGGGUGAAGAAAACGCGCAGUGUCAUGGGCCACUAUCUGGAGAUGAAGUACAUGGCGGACAAGAACCUGACCGAGCGCACGGCGUUUAAAUGGUCAAUCCUUCGACCCGGUACUCUCAACGACGAGCCCGGAACCGGCAAAGCUACCAUCGGCCGUACUCACCUGACGCCGUUGAUCUCUCGUGACGAUGUGGCGCUCGCGCUGAGCGUUCUUGUUGAUCGACCCGACGCCGCAGGGCUGGCCAUCGACGUGGUCGGCGGUGACACGCCCAUCGCAGAUGGUAUCGACGCGUUCAUUGCCAAGGGCGAAACGGACUUCUUGGGCUGA